UCACAGUGUCUCAGCUCCAGUGGAUCUAUCUGCCUUAUACAAAUUUUUUUUUUCUUCAAAUUCAGUCAAAGAAAAGAAGAAAAUGGAAUCCACUACGACUCCUUAUGACUACUACGACUACGAGGAGACAGAGAACUCCACUAUGUGCGACUAUUCAGAGUGGGCGCCAUCGUACUCUGUCAUCCCGGUGCUCUACAUGCUCAUCUUCAUCCUUGGCCUCUCAGGGAAUGGGAUCGUCAUCUUUACCGUGUGGAGGGCUCAAGGCAAGCAUCGAGCUGCUGACGUCUACAUUGGCAACCUGGCAUUAGCAGACCUCACCUUCGUGGUCACUCUGCCCCUCUGGGCCGUUUAUACCGCCAUGGGCUACCACUGGCCCUUUGGAGUGGCUCUGUGCAAGAUAAGCAGCUACGUGGUGCUUCUCAACAUGUACGCCAGUGUCUUCUGCCUCACCUGCAUGAGCUUUGACCGGUAUCUGGCCAUCGUCCACUCCCUGACCAGCUCCCAGCUGCUCACCCGUCGACACAUUCGAGCCUCGCUCGCAGUCAUCUGGGUGCUGUCUGGUCUGCUGGCUGCCCCCACUCUUCUGUUUCGCACCACCAAGUACGAUCAGCAAACCAACCGAACAUCUUGUGCCAUGGACUUCAGUCUGGUCGUGACCAUUAAGGAGCAGGAGAACCUGUGGAUCGCUGGUCUCAGCAUCUCCUCCUCAGCUCUUGGCUUUCUCCUUCCCUUCCUGGCAAUGAUGGUGUGCUAUUGCUUCAUCGGCUGCACCGUCACCCGCCACUUCAACACCCUGCGUAAGGAGGAUCAGCGUAAAAGGAGACUGCUGAAGAUCAUCACCACCCUGGUGGUGGUGUUUGCUGUCUGUUGGCUGCCCUUCCACCUUGUGAAAACCGCUGAUGCCUUGUCAUACGUAGAUUUGGUCCCUGCCACCUGCGACUUCCUGCGCUUCCUGCUGCUGGCUCACCCCUACGCUACCUGCCUGGCCUACGUCAACAGCUGCCUCAACCCCUUCCUUUAUGCCUUCUUUGACCUGCGCUUCAGAUCUCAGUGCCUGUGCCUCCUUAAUCUGAAGAAAUUCCUGCAUGCCAGUCCAAACAGCUCCAUGUCCUCGCAGAAGACAGAGGCUCAGUCACUGGCCACAAAGGUGUGACCACAGCGGGGGAAGAGGUUGAAAGACAAAACUUUGCAGCAUCAUCUGCAAUCGGUUUCAGGGUGUCACCUUUGCCCAGUAGGCCCCCUCCCUCCAGGCCACUGACUGUGUGGACUAAAGAGGAGUGAAUGUUGUUGUUUGGGGGGGAUUGAAUCACAAAGAAACUCCAGACUCUCUUCAAGUGGCAGGCCAGUGAAACUAAACAACAAGGAAAAAUGCAUAAAACUCUGUUUGAGGAAACUCCUGGAAUGCUCAUGAAUUUCUCUUUGUUCUUGUGUGGACUUUUUGAACUGGACUGGACCACCGCUGUUCUUAUUGUCAUUAGUGAGCACUUGAGGAGUGAUCUCCAAUAGAUCAGCUAGUGGUAUCUUCCCCAUGUCUGGCUACGUUACGUCUCCAAGUGAGCAUGUAAGAAGGGAGUGUCAGUCUGGAGCGAAGGUGUUGGAGUCAGAUAAGAUGUUGUAAAUUGUAAAUUUGCGUGUGUGUGGGGGGGUGGAGGGGGUGAGUGUGAGAGAGAGAGAGAGACGGGAUGUGGAGAGUGCUAGGGGGGCUGGCUGCCUGCCUGCAGACAGACCAGACAGACAAACAGAUGGCAGCUGACAAAUGGUUUCAGGUUGGUGAAAGGUCCAAUUAAAAGGUGACUACUUUGACAGUCAUCUCAGUGUGAGGGUAUGAGUUGUGUGCUUGUGUGUGUGGACGGUGAAUGUCUCUGAAUUUCCUCCUAACAGCAACAUGAAAGAAUUUUGUAAAUACAUUAUUUUUGAUUGUAUUAAAAGAAAAGGUGCUCUGAAGAAACAAACACUCUCUCUGGUGUCACUCUGUUCCCUCUGAUGGCUUGUUAAGUCUGACUGGAAUGUAUUUUCUCCUGUCCGGUAAAUAUGCUUCUUCCUGUUGAGGCAUUGCUGGGAGAAGGCAGUCUCCCCUCCUAUUGUGUUUGGGAGAGCUGAAAUCAAAGCACAUGUCUGCAGGAAAUGCACCCUCAACUUCUGUUUCCCUCUCCUCUAACAACUCACUCGCACAAACAAUCCAGUGAGGACAAAUGUUUCUAAAAUGGAUCAGCCACAGGAGUAUUUGGUAGUCUCCCAAACAAUGUAAAAAUCUCAAGUGUUAAUUACCAAAAUGCAUUCCUCAAAUGAUGACCAAAAUAGUCUGUAGCUUUUAGUAGGCUUCUACUUUUAGCUGGUCCUGGAGGAUGGCAUUAACAGCUGGAAGGAGAGAGUCCAAAGUCUUUUAGUAGCUUAAUUCAAGUCCAAUGUAAAAAUGCCAUUGCAGUGUAUGUGAGCAGUAUUUUAUUAACCUUUAAAUCAUUGUUACAUUUACAUUAGAUGGUCAUUUACACAAAAAAUUCAGAUUUCUUAGAUAGGAAAUGGUUCCUGGAGGCAGUGCCAACAACAAUGAGUGAAAAACAUGCCUAUUAUGAAAUAUGUGAAGAGUUUUUAGUCUCACUUACAGUGAAAUAAGACAAUAAAAAAUAUCUGUGCUCUUCACGCUGCGUUACUUUCCUGUUAGGUUGGAUCUGACCAUAAAUGUUAAUUUAUUUUAUUUUUAGCAUGUGUUUCACACAGGAAGAUAAUUGAUGAUGCACAGCCUCCAACUGCCAUUUCCUUUGUUAAUAAUUUGUUAUUUUAUGUAUAAAUAACCAUCCAUCACAAAUAUAGCAGCAGCUUAUAGGCACAUGCAGCAGUAUUUGAGUAAUCUUGUACCAGAACCUCACUUAAAUAUAUUUUUUCAGUCCCCCAUCGCUUGAUGGUAAAGAAAAUUGUUUCAUGAAGCUAGAAAUACAGUCCAGGUUUAGCUUUAAAGCACAUUUCGAGACUAAACAAAUUUGACAUUAAUAAGCUUUUUAUAGGAUAUAAUCAGCAACAGCAGGGAGACAGAGGGAUUGGGCUAAUCCUUAAUCAGUGAUUUGAAGUGGGUGUUGCUGUUUUUUCUCCUCUUGAUAAUACCUGGUAGCAUGGCUUUAUAUGAAUAAUGGAAAUAGAUACACUUGCUCUAUUUCAGUAAAUAUGAAUAAUCUACUUCAAUUUAUUGUAUUAGGAAUGCGUGUGCGAUCAACACAAAGUUGUUCAUUUUU